AUGGGGAAUUGCUUGAAAAAAUUUAUGGAACUAUUUGAUGUUCUCAGUGACUUUUUAAGUGACAAGCUUGAAAUGAAGCACCUGCUAACUGUUGAUGGUAAAGCAUUUGUGAGUUAUUUAACAGAUAUCUUUGGAAAACUGAAUAUGUUAAAUAAACAGCUUCAAGGAUCAAAUAAAACUCUUAUUGAUGCAAAGACGAAGACAUUUGUCUUUGUUACAUUCAUUGAGUACCAAGAAGAACUCUCGGAAAUGCAAACUGAUGACACAGUGAAAACUUUAUUCAAUAUAAAAGGAGUGAUGUCAUGGCUUUGUGAUGAGAUAGAAACCAAAUACGUAAAUUCAACCAACUUUGCAAGAAAAUUGUUACUGUUCCAAUCUUCAUAUUUAGCUGAAUAUGGCUGUAGUGCUGUAAAUGAUUUGUUAUUGAAGAAAAGAAAUUGGCUGGAUAUCACUAAACGAGGGGACUUGAGACUAAAGCUGACUAAAUUGGUGCCUAAUAUAAAAUUUCUCAGGAGCAGGCACGAAGCACAAGGAUCUCACUAA